CGGACCUUUGCGCCCCGACGCUACCAAUUUUUGAGAGCAUUCGGAGUUUGCUUUACAAAGAAUUCAUUCCCAUUUCCCUCUUUUUCCCUUUCUCUUCUCCUUCGAUUACCUAUGGCUGCCGCAUCUGCCACCGCUAUUAAUCGGAAUCAGGUUGAUCUGUCCGACUUCAUUAACUGGUCUGGUGUCGAGUGCCUCAACCAGAAUUUUAGCCAUACUUUUACAAAUGCUCUUAAUCAGACUUGUAGGGAUAAUGACAGCUUGCUUUUGGAGAGUGAUGCAGAUGAGCAGCUCUUGAUAUACAUACCUUUUAACCAAGUCGUUAAAUUGCAUUCCUUGGUCAUCAAGGGACCUGAAGAGGAAGGUCCUAGGACUGUAAAGCUUUUCUCAAACAAGGAGAAUAUGGGAUUUGGCAACGUCAAUGACUACCCUCCCAGUGACACAAUCGUGUUGUCCCCAGAUAAUCUUACGGGAAAGCCAGAGGUUGUGAAGUACGUGAAAUUUCAAAAUGUUCGUAGCUUGACAAUUUUUAUAGAGGAUAACCAAUCUGGAACCGACACUACAAAAAUUCAAAAGAUUGCCUUGUAUGGAACAACCGUUGAAACAACCGACAUGAAGGGUCUGAAGAAGAUCGAGGAUCACUAAAUGCAGAAACCAUGGUCUGUCUCACACAUCUCAUAUGAUUACGAGUAAUUGAUAUCAAAGUUCAGUUUUCCGUAACGAUAAAGAAAGAACUAUAUAAUGGCUUUUUGAUGUCAUAUUCUGGAAUUUUGAUGAGUUUGUUAUACCUGUUUGAUCGGGGGCGAUGUGUAGUUCAUUCAAAAUAUAUCCACACUUAUGCACAUUGUUAGGUAGUUUACAAAGGAGGAUUAAUGCCUGAUAAUUUCACCUAACUAUUAGGGCUGCUUGAUCAAUGGUUGAGAUUGGCCAUUUUAAAAGAAUGCAAGGGGGUGUUUGUUUAUGUAA